GUGCGGGAGCGCAUGCGCGGAGCGGCCGCGGGGGGAGCGCGGGGCCGGCGCGAUGAGCUCCUUGCCGGGGCUGAAGGAGGACUGCGAGGAGCUGCUCGGCGCCUUCCAGCAGGCAGACACCGUCCGCUUCGAGCGCUUCGCCGAGCUGUGGCGGGAGCGCCGCUUCCACACCAUCUUCUAUGGUAGAAUAAGAGCUUUGGAGAGGAAUAAGAUCACAAAGAAGACUCUAGAUCUGGCCCGGCAGUACUUCUUUCCCCCCUACUCCUUCCAGAUCCGAGUUGGUGCUCUGUACCUUCUGUAUGGGCUCUAUAAUGCCCAGCUUUGUCAGCCAAAACAAAAGAUCAGAAUUGCACUCAAGGAUUGGCCUGAAAUCCAGAAAUUUCAUCUGGAUCUGCUUGACUCCCAGCACUAUGAUGCAGCCUAUAUCUUCAGGAGACUGCGACUUGCCAGAGCCUUCCAUUUCACAGCAAUGCCAAAGCUACUGACCUACAGAACUAAGAAGAAGAUUGAGGAAAAUUAUUUUAAAGAAGAAUUUAAGGACCCUAGUAACAGAGUAAACAGCCUCAUCACUAAUGAUGUAUUGGAGGAACUGAUGAAUGUUCAUGACCACUACCAGAAAAUGAAGUGUGUCAUUUCAGCUGACAAAUCCCAGCCAGACAAGGCCCUGAGCUUGAUAAAAGAUGACUUUGUGGUUAAUCUCAAAGACAUAACCUUGGAACAUCAGGAAUGGCAGCAGAGCAGAAUGAAAUUAUUCCGAAAUGCUAAAGUAACUCCUGAAACAGAAAACAAAAAGAAAGAGGAGACUUGGCUAGAGUCAGAGGGUCCUGAAAGAGCAAGUGCCCUGGCCAGAAUCAAAUACAAGUCUUAUUCUGCAGUUGUUGAGGUUUCCAAAUCCAGGAGACAUCGGCAAGUGCAGUUGGAAUCCUCUGAAUCAGGGCCCAGUUGUGGAAAGUCUCCAGGUCGAAGUAAAAAAGCCAGCAGGACACCACAGCCAGCAAGGAGAGGUUCUUCAGAAGUUAGAGGUGAAAUGCAAGUGGCAGAGGAAACUGUAACUCGGCAUAUUGGGAUGCCAGUAAUCACAGAAGAGGACUCAGAUGAAGGAGAAGUAUCUCUCCCCAAGAGGAGAAGAUGACAUUAGAGGAUCCAGUUGGAGAAGCACUAAUGUUAAUUUUAAUGACAAAAUGAAAAUGUCAGAGUUAAAACCAGGUGCUUGUUUUGGAUACCUUUGAACAUAAAAGAAGUAUCUGGGACCAGAACCAUGGAUGAUGCUGGAAUACUGGUAGUGACUGGAAUACUUCAGCUGUCUUAUGGUGCCUUUAUCACCACAAGAUAAAGAUGGUGACCACCUGGUGAAUGCUUCUUGUUGGGAGGCUGAAGUUGCUGUGUCCUGGCUGAGCUGGAAAAAGAAGGCUCAAAAAAUAUUUGCCCAUGUAAGAGAUGUCUAUAAUCCUUUAUCUCUGAACAUAAGGUUGUUGACUGUUGAAAAUUAGUACAAUAAAUUAUUUUUCAUGCUUGA